CCCGCUUUCAGCCCUGCCCACCUCACUCCCCCUGCGGGCGGUGCCGGCCCCUGGAGUUACAGAAGGUGCAGCCGCCGGAGCCUGGUGUACAGCGAGGGAGACAGAGAGAGAAGUUUCCCCGGAAGAUAUUCCUCAGGGAUCAGGAAUGUCUUCUGAGCCCACAUCUUCAGCUUCUGAGCAGUCCCCCACUUCUCCAGCGUCUCCACGUUCUCUCCACCUGCCCGAAAACCGCAGAACAAGAGAUCGCUCUCCAUCUCCCAUGCGAGGUUACCUUAUCCCCAGUCCCCUUCCAACUCGACGGACUAGGACAUUUUCAGCGACCGUGCGGGCCUCUGAAGGCCCCGUCUAUAAAGGAGUCUGUAAAUGCUUCUGUCGCUCCAAAGGCCACGGCUUCAUUACUCCUGCGGAUGGAGGGCCAGACAUCUUUGUACACAUUUCUGAUAUUGAAGGAGAAUAUGUUCUAGUGGCUGGCGAUGAAGUCACCUACAAGAUGUGCUCUAUUCCACCUAAGAAUGAGAAGCUGCAGGCUGUAGACGUGGUCAUUACUCACCUAGCACCUGGAACAAAACAUGAGACCUGGUCAGGACAUGUUAUUAGUUCCUAAGUUACCCUGCAUGGAGCUGUAUCAUUGAAGACACUCAACAAUGACUUUCACGUGAGACUGACAAAUGACUAUUUUGCAUAUUGAGUGGGAAAAUUGUUAAUAAGGUAGCGUUGGCCAAAUUACCAUUCUAACGAUAGGCACGAUACUUAAAAACAACAUACAAACUCUAAAGGAAAAAAAUAGCUUAAGGAAAUUUCCAUGCCGGGCUUGUCUGCUUUUGUGAUCUGUGACCUGAUUGAUAGUGGCUGCCCAAAGGUGUUAGGAACUCUAACUAAAACAGAUCGGAGUGAUAGAUUUUCUAUCAAAAUGGCAGCACUGAGGGACAUAGCUUAGAGACCCAAUAUCUACCUGUAACAUAUUGUUCCCUUGGGCUAAAUUUCUGUAAAUGUGGUGAAUGCUCAGGCAGCAGAAUGUCAGCAGAAUACUGCUAAAAAGUCUCUGCAUAAAUGUACUCAAGAGAGAGCGAGAGACAUUUAGUGCUGCAAUUUCUUUUCUUCAUAAGCUAAAUAACAAGCACGCUGUACAAAGUCUUUAUCUGACAGUUAUCAGUUUUGACAGCACCUUCUGGUUAACUGUCAGGUGGAACAGUUGCAAAUUGGCUCGCUGCAGGAGUGUGGAAUUGUUAGCUUUAUUAAAUGUGGGUUGUUUGUGAAUUUACUUCGUGUGCCUUGAUGGGUGAUUAGCAACAGAUUUACAGGCCAGUAGUUACAAAAGUAGGUUGCUUCACACUACACAGUGGAAAAGCAAGAGGUGGGAGUGGUUCACAGCCUCUGAUGGUGCCUGAAUUUAAUGAAAUCUUUAAACUGCCUUGAUUUUUUUCAUCUCUCCAUGUUUGAUAGAGUAGUUAGUGUCUACCAUGGUUCGUUAGCAUUUACACAUUCACGUCACUUAUGAAAAAGCGAACUCUGCCAUGUUCAGAUCACUGUAUAUAAAAUGCUGCGUGAAUUAUUUAGUAGCUUGAGUUAUAAAGCCUUGAGGUGGAUUCUUCAGUCAUGUUUUCCUGCAAAGCUUGCUCAGUGGUAUAUAGUGCUACCACCACCACCACCUAGAAUCUCUUCUCCGCUUCUGUUGCUGCUGGCUUUCAUGCAGACAAACUAUUGUAACUGUUUGUAACUCUGCACCAGCUCUGAUACUGCUUGUCCCCAUAAGUUUUCCAAAUGAAGCAUUGUCUUUACACCCUCCCUUCUCCCCCGAGUGAGCAGAAAUUAAAAUGGUUGGAAUGAAACUCUCUUCUCUUAGUUAUCUGGAAUUUGCCUGUUCACUAUAGUAACAAUCAGUACUUGUGCUGUUGUGGAAUUCAUGAAGAUGCUAUUUUACAGAGAAAGGUGAAACGUCUCAAGCAAUUUCAACCUACAGUGAUUAAAAGAAAAGAAAUGUGAAGGUUAAUAAUUACUGUGAUGUUUUGUUUUACUUUUAAUUCUUCUAUAUUGUACUAAAUAGCUUGUAAACUACUUUUGAGUUUUAAACUUGUAUUUGUUGUGGGUUUAAUAUGCUGUAGAUUGUAGAUUAGCAUACACUGCUUCCUUCACAAUAAAAGUUUAUUUCAUAACUGA